GAAAACCCGGAGUUCUGGAGGUCACAGGCCCGGAAGACUUUGCAGUCAGUGUUGGACCGGAAGCUUAACACCAAUGUGGCCAGGAAUAUCCUGUUUUUCCUCGGUGAUGGUAUGGGAAUCACAACAUACACUGCGGCUCGUAUCCUCAAGGGGCAGCUGCAGAACCACACUGGAGAGGAGACAGUGAUGACAAUGGACACCUUCCCUAACGUGGGACUAGCUAAGACCUACAGUGUAGACUUUCAGAUUCCAGACAGUGCAUCCACAGCCACAGCGUAUCUGUGUGGAGUGAAAACCAACCUGAACACCAUCGGAGUUAGUGCAGCGGCUCGCAACGGAGUCUGCAAGUCUCAGAAGGGCAACGAGGUCACGUCCAUCCUGAAGUGGGCCAAAGAUGCUGGCAAGUCUGUCGGCAUUGUAACAACCACGCGGGUGCAACAUGCCACCCCAGCAGCCACCUAUGCCCACAGCGCCAGCAGGAAGUGGUACAGUGAUGCUGACAUGCCUGAUGCCGCCAAGAAGGACGGCUGCACCGACAUCGCCUCCCAGCUCCUUAAAAACACUGACAUAGAUGUGAUCAUUGGUGGUGGUAGAAAGUACAUGACCCCUAAGGGCACCAAGGACCCAGAAUACCCCAGGGAUUACUCCUCCAGGGGCAAAAGAAAAGACAGACGCAACCUCAUUGAUGAGUGGCAGAGCAUGAAAAUUGGAAAGGUAGCCCACUAUGUGUGGAAUAAAACUGAGUUCAAUGCUGUUGACCCUGAAACCACAGACUACCUCAUGGCACUUUUUCUUAUUUUGUGUUGUCCUCUCUGACACUUAAAGUACCAAGCAGUGCGAGAAGCCGUUACCUCACCAUCUCUCCUCAUUAACCCUUCCCCCUCUCUGUGGUCAGGUGGGCGUAUUGACCAGGCUCACCACGCUGGCCGGGCGUACAUGGCGCUCCAUGAGACGGUUGCUUUUGACUACGCCAUCGCCAAGGGCCUUGAACUCACCAAAGAGCAUGAAACUCUCACUAUAGUGAUGGCUGACCACUCGCACCCUGUUACCUUCAAUGGAUACCCAUUUCGAGGGCAGAGCAUUCUGGGUAAAUCUCCGCUGUGGGCUACAGACAUGCUGCCUUUCACCACGUUGAUGUACGGCAAUGGACCCGGACACAAAAUUGCCAACGGCAAGCGCCCAGACAUCCGCAGUGUCAACACUAAAACUAAAGACUACGUCCAGCUGUCUGCCGUCCCCACAGAGUCGACGACACACAGCGGAGAGGAUGUGGCAGUGCUCGCCCGCGGACCCAUGGCCCACCUCUUCCAGGGCGUCCAGGAGCAGAACUACAUCGCCCACGCCAUGGCCUAUGCCGCCUGUGUGGGAGCCGACCUGCGGCACUGCCAGGGGCAAACUGAAGUACCUGUGGUUCACACCAGCGUCACCAGCAACAGGAAUGGAUCUGGGGCAGCUCGUGGCUCAGCAGCUUUGCUCAGUAGCGUCCUCAGUGUGCUGGUUGCUCUUCUUGUGCAGAUGUAAGAUCCCAUUCUUCAGUGAACCCUAUUAAUCUCACUCCACUUGCCACAUCAGGGAGGUCAGAGGUCAGGGUCAUACAAGGAUUCAUUGACUUGCUUAAACUUGACUACAAAACAUGUUGUUGAAAGAAAAUACACCAUUUGAAUAAGAGCCUAUUGAAUGUAAAUCUUGAUUUUACUUUGGCAGUUUGUUGAAUGCCUGACUAAUAACAAUAAAGUCCUUGAAUAGA